GGAAACUUCAACUCCCGCAUUCCUAGAAACAUCAUUCCUAGAGAAGCAUCUAACCGAAACACCGCUUCCCCGACAAACACUUACAUGUAGUGAAGUCGACUCUACCUUGGCUCAGGACAUUAGGUACAUGUACCUUACGAUGAAUGCCAAGAAAAUGGAAAGGGAGAUGGCAUUGGCCAUUGCCAAUUCAGCCAUCGGCGAAUGCCCCGAGUUAAAAAAGGUCACUCUUCUUCAUGAAACUACUGCAGCCCACGUAAAGCAAUUUCCACAGAAGCGGAACUCCAAAGGUUCCGGCCUUCAAUUGUCCUGGCCCAAUUCCAGCGAUGGUCGGCGUGCUGUCGUUGGAAAGUCGCCGUCUCACACUCCACCGUACGCGUCGCCGCAGAAUGAUGGACCCCAUUCCUCCGAUGCUCGUAUUGCUCACGUGUCAUACACGGAUUUUGAAAUGCACUAUCGCAUCGCAAACCCGGUGGCUAAUGGAUCCAUCCAGCCAAUAUUACAUAUACCGUUAGCAUGGAAUCCCCUAAAAUUAGAGGCCGGUGAUACAAGUCUAUUUCAGUACUUUCAAUAUACUGCUUCACAAUCUCUCGCUAUAUUUAGUCACGAUCCUCUAGAUCUAGGUAAUCUACUGAUCCGGAUUGCCCUAUCCAGUGACACAACAUCUUCUUUAGCAGUGCUCCAGUCGCUACUAGCCCUAUCUUCACUGCAUCGCCAUCAUGUCCACUCACAAGCUGUAGAGCUCAAGAUCUCUGCUCUCAAAUCCCUAUCAGCUACAGAAAUAAAUCAGCUUAGCACUACUGAAGCGGCCCAACAUGUUGCCGCAGGGAUGCUGUUAUGUUCUUUUGAGAUCCAUCAAGCAUCCUGCACCUCGGGACAAUGGGUGUGGUAUCUCUCUGGCGUUAAGAACAUCAUUAAAACUGCCGGUCUCGACAAGUACCCCCAAGACAGUGAUUUAGCUCUCUUGCUGGAUUGGGUGUACUACUAUGACGUAUUAGCACGCUUCACUCUGCAGCACUGGAAUAGAGAGAAUACGGAAAACACAUCAGCUGUGUCGAGUGUCCGCGCUGAGGCUUCCCAGACGGCACCGCCGGCUCUUGCCACCAUAAAACUGCUAUCAGAAGUCUGUGAUGCGGUAUCUACUAGACCGCCGACUAAAAUGUCUGCCGAGAAUGUGAAUGAUUACAGAGACUUCUUAAAAAUACUUGACUGGAGAAUCAGAAGCAUACCAGUGGAGGUUACGGUUAAUCAUAGUGCAGAUACUCCAUUAAUAAUGGAAUUAUAUCAGCUAGCCCUGUUGGUAUAUCUCAAUCGCGCGUCUGAGAACUUACUUAACCAGACAAUUGGGACUCAGCGGCAUAUUGACAGAGCAUUUGCUAUAUUUUCUCAGCUAGGUUCCUGUGUCCGGCAAUUCCCUGUCUUUAUCUUAGGCUGUGAGGCUCGACGGGACGACCAACGGACGGCAGUUCUAGAUCUCAUUUCCAGGUCCGAAAAGGAAGAUUCCUCUCGGUCAUUCAACCACGUCAAUAUAUUGAUGCAGGCAAUCUGGGCGCAAGACGACUUAGCCAACGGUGAUAUCAAUUAUUGGAACAAGCUAAGCUAUAUAAUCAGUCGCUGUUCGAUUCUCCCUAUAUUCGUCUAGUUGAAGUAGUGGAUAAAACGAAUCAAAUGAAUCAAAUAAACCCGAUAAGUUUACAUUCAUACCUUAAUAUACUGUCAAAAAUUCAAGUAAUACACUGGAUUAGAUAUUGAGAUAUAAUGCCCGAAAUCCGACGACUAAAAGCCGAAGACAUUAUUAUGUAAUUAUCUGUAAGGGAGUCUUAAGGUACCUACAUAGGUAGGGUACGUUAGGUACGUACAUGUAUCCGAUGUCAUGUACCUAUAUUACAUACGGGUAUGUACCUACAUGUAGAUAAUAGCUUCCAUUGCUUUGCA